AUGGAUAGGCAAUGUUUAUGGUUAAUACUCUUAGGACUAUCACUAGCAGUCACCGUGGCUUCGAAAUGCGAGUCAGAAGAUGAAGAAGAGGAGGUGCUCACUCGCUACCCCAUUGCUCUUUUUAAAUGGAAGGAAGUAAAAGGGCCGUUAACCAUAUCAUUGUGGCUAAUUUUUGCUAGCAUAGCCAAAAUCAUUUUCCAUGCUAUUCCACAUCUAACCGAGAUGUUUCCCGACUCAGCACUGCUUAUCAUGAUUGGUCUCAUUAUUGGCAUCAUAUUCAACCUUAUAGGAGUCGCUAAAAAUGAGUUCUUUCUUGACAGUGAGGUGUUCAUGCUGUACUUGCUGCCACCGCUGGUGUUUGAUGCUGGUUACUUCAUGCCUGCGCGACAAUUUUUUGAUAACUUGGGUUCCAUCCUUUGCUUCGCCAUGAUUGGCACCACUUUCAACAUUGUCGCAAUCUCACUUUCACUCUGGGCUAUCUCACUGACGGGUCUCUUCUCUGUGGAAACUCCACUUAUUCACCUUCUCUUGUUCGGUUCGGUAGCUGCAGAUGUGGAUCCUGUAGCUGUCAUCGUUAUAUUCGAAGAACUGGGAGUCAACGAAAUACUCUUCAUCAGUGUGUUUGGUGAAUCAUUACUCAACGAUGGUGUGGCUGUUGUCUUCUACCGUAUGUUCGCCUCGUUUACCGAGAUAGGAACCGAGAAUCUCAUUACAAUGGAUUAUGUCAAUGGUGGUAUCUCAUACCUUGUUGUCUGCUUCGGUGGAAUAGGCAUCGGCCUUCUCGUCGCUCUGUUUGCCAGUUUUAUAACAAAAUAUACGCACCAUUCGGAAGUUGCCGUUUUGAAUCCGGUGUUCGUUAUUGCGCUUCCUUUCCUAGCCUACCUAGUCUCUGAAAUGUUCGGUCUAUCCAGUAUUAUGGCUAUAGUGUUCUGUGGAGCUGCUAUGAAACAAUAUGUAAAGCUGAACGUGCCCGAGCAAAAUCUACUUGCAAUCAACUAUUUCAUCAAGGUGCUCUCCAUGUGCUCUGAAACUGUGAUCUUCGUCUUCCUUGGGCUAUCCACGGUCUCAUCCGAUCACCAUUGGGAUACGCCUUUCAUAGUUCUGACUACCGUAUUUUGUCUCAUCUACCGUACCCUAGGAGUUGUUGUUAUGUGUUUUGUACUGAACAAGUACCGCCUGAAUAAGUUUUCAAAGGUUGACCAGUUCAUCAUGGCUUAUGGAGGUUUGCGUGGAGCAAUCGCUUACGGUUUGGUGGUAGCUUUGCCAAAUAUUCCAGCCAAAAAUAUGUUUAUUACCAGUUGUAUUGUUGUUAUCUACUUCACAGUCUUCUUGCAGGGAAUCACUCUAAAACCGAUAGCUGAGUUUUUGCAAGUAGAAAAGAAGAAUAUACACACGAAGAAUAUGACGGAGUAUAUCUACCAAGAGCUUAUCGAUUACACUAUGUCUGGUAUGGAAGAUAUUGCUGGAUUCAAGGGACAUCACUGGAUUAGAGAGACAUUCCAAUAUGUCAAUAGUAAUUAUUUGAAACCGUUACUUGUGAACAGCAAUAGUAUGAAACAAAUGGACAACACCAAGAUUGUUCGAAUGUUUGAACGUCUACAACUACAGGAUGCACGAGAUCUUGCGAAGGGCUACGGCGAUUAUGGCAAAAAUCAGAUAUUCGUGCAAGCACUGAUCGAUCACACGAGGAGCCGGAGUAACACCGGUAGAGCCGAUUUCACCUCCGUAGAUGUAAUGCGGUUAAAAGAGCACCAUGGCGUGACCGUUUAUGAAAAUAAAGCAGACAUGAUUGAAUAUGAUGCACCUCAGUCAAGUUAUAACACCGUGGAGUUAGCAUCGAACCAAAAAAUGACCUCAUUCUGA